AACCGCAUGCACCGCUGCGGUUCAGACGCUCCAGGAGCGGAACGUCCGUGUGUCUGUGCGCCAGCUCAAAGAAGAUCCAUCUCUUCACACCCGCACGGAUUACCGACCCCAUGCAGCCGGAACCCGCCUCAGAUAAGUAGGAAAAAACCCCAACCUGUUCGUUUAAACCAGAUUCCAGAUCAGCGCCGAAAGCGGCAAACACCAAAGUGCAGUUUUGGCACAGCCUAUUGAGACUCUCGGCCAGUCGAUAUUCCGGACAGCUGUUAGUCCCUAAGAGGUGACACGUUUUUAAUCUUCCAGACCGGUGUUUAUGAACGCGUGACGUGGAAGUAAAGUGCAUUAUUCUUGGAUGAGAAAGCCCAGAGACGCGCACACUUUGGGAACUAAUCUGAAUAUUACGCACUAGGAUGUAGUUUUAUCGGACCAGAGGGGAGGAUCUGGACCUCGACAAUGAACUUAGUAAGCCACCUGUGCUUACUUUCUGUGCUAUAAAGACACACCAAGUCAUGGGUUGAAAGUUACGAUGAUAGAUUGCGGGGAUGUUCAACGUGGGAGGGAGCAGAAUUUUCAGUGUUAUGUAAUGAUUGACAGUGCCUGAUAAUUAGUGGUACAGCAUCAUUUACAUCUCCCCCCUCCCCACCCCUCCCUCCCAUUACCUCUAUCCCACUUCCCCUCGUUUUCGAGGAGGUUAAAGAGUGAGUGAUGUGUGUGAGGUGUUUCAUAAUGAACUAAAUGCAGCUCUUGAAGUUAAUGAGCAGGAUAUGUCACAGGUCAGUAAAAAAAAAUUGAUAUUCUGCUUAUUCCGUUUUUUUCUUGCUGUUGCUCAGAGAGCCCUUUAAAAAGUCAUCACAGCUCUUUGAUCAACCUCAUUUAGACAAUUCUUCCCUCCUCGGUCCCCUCUCCCCCCAUCCAAUCUGUUUUAUAAAUUUUUUGCCUCACGAGUUAUUAUUCAUCAUGAUGCCCCAAACUCUUGACCCGCUCCAUGCUGAUUCGGCAUGGCCUUUCAAAAUGACUGUGACUUCAGGAAAACAGACAAUCAGCAGUGUCUCUUUGAGCUUUGAACUCUAUUCUCGGCAUUGCGAUAUUUUCAACGGCUACUGAGAUGCUAUAAUGCACAUUUUUGCCCUCAUAUUUGGGGAUAUGUAGUCAUUCUGAAAUUCUCAACCUCUUAAUCUGUGUGACUUCCCAUUUCUGAAGAUCUGAAGCCAUUAGUUAAUCUUCACUAAAGCCCCCGUUGGUCCCUCCCUCCCCCCCACUCAUCAGGGCUGGUGGGGGGGGUGGAUCUCGGCUUUGGUGGUGGCCGGUGGUGGUCAUACCCCCCGAGGCAGGGCUCCCACCAUGGAGACCAGCCCAGAGAGCCCCAACCGGGCAGUGGAGUACCUCCUGGAGCUCAACAACAUCAUCGAGAGCCAGGCCAAGCUCCUGGAGACCCAGCGGCGGCGCAUCGAGGAGCUGGAGGGCCAGCUGGACCAGGUCAGCCAAGAGAACCAGGACCUGAGGCAUGAUCGCAGCCCACGGACGCCUGCUUCAGACACUCCCGAACAGAACCACCAUCACAGCCAGCCCCUGUCCCUCCCCGUCCAUCAUGGCGGCGGUGGGGGUGUUGGCGGCGCCGGGAACGGUAGCACUCCGACGGCUCAGGCAACAGCUGGUUCAAGCACAACUCCGGGGCCCAGCAGGGAGAGGAGGAUUCACACCAGGCUGACCCGAGGUCUCUCCUGCGGCUCCUCCGGCAACGAGCGAGACCGGCUGGAACGCACCGACAGCACAGACACCAACCCCAGCUCGACCAUACGGACAAAUGUGGAGGGGGAUUCCCAAUGUCCAGAGACGGGCACCCACAAAGACAGCUCAUUCAGCCAGACAUCUUACCUGCGCGGCUCAGAGCGCUACACUGACAGCAGCACCAGCAGCGCACCCUCCGCAUCUAGGGACCCUUCGUGCGUGUCGGCCUCCAGCUCAGCCAGUCUGGCCUGGGCACUGCGAACUCGCCACCAACCUGCGAGUCUGGCCCUCCGCAAGCAAGAGGAAGAGGAGAACAAGAGAUGCAAGGCGCUUUCAGACAGCUAUGAACUCUCAACUGAUCUGCAGGAUAAGAAGGUUGAGAUGCUGGAGAGAAAGUAUGGUGGCUCCUUUGUAAGUCGCAGAGCAGCUAGGACCAUUCAGACGGCCUUCAGACAGUAUCGCAUGAACAAGAACUUUGAGCGCCUCAGGAGCUCGGCGUCAGAGAGCCGCAUGACACGUCGCAUCAUCCUGUCCAAUAUGAGACUGCAGUAUUCCUUCGAUGAACGACCUCAGCAGCAGGCCCAGACACAGACAAACUUCACCCACAAUGUGGCUAUAGGGCCUCCUCAUUCCCCCAUCCCAGAACGCCCAGGAGACUACACACACUUAGAGGACUCCUUCUCCAAACAGGUCAAGUCCCUAGCCGACUCCAUUGACGACGCCCUUACCUGCCGCGCGGGUCGCGAUGACUCCCAGGAGGGCAGCAGGGAGGGCGGAGGGAUCAGUGAGGACUUUGGGGAGUGUGUGUGGAGCAGCAGCAGCAACCCCUCCUCCCAAAGAGGUUUGGGUGAACGAGCCAGGGGAGCUGGGGGUGGACUCAGUAUGCAUGGCGACAGUACCGCCACCUCGUACAGCGACGUAACCCUUUACAUGGAUGACGGCAUGCCGUCGUCCCCACUGUCCCUGGAUCGGGCACCCAGCAGCACAGACACGGAGUACUGGGGUCCCGGUGGUGGUGUCGGAGGACGCGAGGACAGCAGGGAUACCGAGGGCGGGGGCAGCAGUAACAGUCGGCGCAGCACCCCGUGUACCGAGUGCAGGGACUACCGUCUAAGGGGCGCCCAUCUGCCUCUCCUCACUAUUGAGCCGCCCAGUGACAGCUCAGUGGACACGAGUGACCGCUCGGAUCGUGGCUCUCUAAGCAGGCAGCUGGUCUAUGAGCAGGAGCCUGGGGUAGGGGCUGGCUCCCCUCAGGGAACCCUAAAACACUCCCCCAACACAGGCACUCGCCCUACCUCCACAGCAGCGGCCCAAGGUCAGACUCGGCCUCCUGGCCGACCCAUACCCACACACAUCCCUCAUCAGGUGGCCGCGCUCCACCACCAUCACCACCACCCUAUCCACCACCAUCAGUACCCUGACACACCGUCGUCGUCAUCCUCCCCCCAGCAGCCCCCCACCACCCCUCUGUCCUCCUCCUCCUCCACAGCUCUGCCCCCUGGAGGUCUGGAGCAGCCGUGCUGCUCGGACGGAGACAACGACUCCCUCAACUCCACCACCAACUCCAACGAGACAGUCAACUGCAGCUCCGGCUCCUCGUCUCAGGACAGCCUGCGGGAGCCUCUGCCGCCUCUGGGAAAGCAGACCUACCAGAGAGAAAGCCGCCAUAGCUGGGACUCGCCGCCCUUCAACAGUGACGUGGUGCAGAGACGCCAGUACCGCAUAGGUCUCAACCUCUUCAACAAGAAGCCAGAGAAAGGGAUCCAGUACCUGAUAGAGAGAGGUUUUGUAUCGGACACUCCAGUUGGGAUUGCCCGCUUCAUCCUGGAGAGGAAGGGCCUCAGCAGGCAGAUGAUUGGAGAGUUCCUGGGAAACCGACAGAAACAAUUCAACAAAGAUGUUUUAGACUGCGUGGUGGAUGAGAUGGACUUCUCAGGAAUGGACCUGGACGACGCUCUCAGGAAGUUCCAGGCUCAGAUUAAAGUUCAAGGAGAAGCCCAAAAAGUGGAGCGGCUCAUAGAGGCUUUUAGUCAGAGGUACUGUGUGUGUAAUCCAACGCUGGUUCGGCAGUUCCAGAACCCGGACACCAUCUUCAUCUUAGCCUUUGCCAUCAUCCUCCUCAACACAGAUAUGUACAGUCCCAACAUCAAAGCUGAGAGGAAGAUGAAGCUAGACGAUUUCAUCAAGAAUUUGAGAGGCGUAGACAAUGGUCAGGAUAUACCCAGGGACCUGCUGGUUGGGAUCUACCAACGGAUACAGAAAUGGGAGCUACGGACCAAUGAUGACCACGUGUCCCAAGUGCAAGCAGUGGAGAGAGUCAUUGUGCUGUCCCUUCCCCAUCGUAGACUGGUGUGUUGCUGCCAGCUCUAUGAAGUCCCUGACCCCAACAGACCUCAGAGGACAGGAGUGCACCAACGAGAGGUCUUCCUCUUUAAUGACCUUCUGGUGGUGACCAAAAUCUUCCAGAAGAAGAAAACCUCAGUGACUUACAGUUUCAGACAAUCUUUCCCUUUGGUUGAGAUGCAAGUACACAUGUUCCAGAACUCGUACUACCCUCACGGUAUCCGCCUGACCUCAGCAGUCCUAGGCGGAGAGAUGAAGGUUCUCAUUGUCUUUAUGGCACCCAGUCAGCAAGACCGCACCCGCUUUGUUAGCGACCUCAGGGAGAGUAUUGCUGAAGUGCAAGAGAUGGAGAAAUAUAGAGUGGAAUCGGAGUUGGAGAAACAGAAAGGUGUGAUGCGGCCCAGCUUGCUCACUGGAGGUGUGGUCGGUGGCGUAGGUGUGAAGAGCGAUGUCGUGAAUGGCACCAUGGGAAGGACAAGUUUUGAUGACAACUGCUCAGUGGGUGAGGGUCUCAAACGCACGGCGCUCAGCUCAUCUCUCAGGGACCUAUCGGACACAGGGAAACGUGGUCGCAGGAACAGUGUUGGUUCCCUGGAUAGUACCAUGGAAGGCUCUAUCAUUAGUAGCCCCCAGCCUCACCAGCGCUAUCAACUGCCAGGCGUGGUACCUGGCUGCUACACAACAGAAGACUUCCGGCCUCACCGCCCCAUCCUGAGCCCCGGAUCGGGGGUGGGGGGUGGGCCGGGGCAGCAACAUACCACUGCUGGGACAGGAGUUGGGGGAGUCUCCAGCAGUGUAGAGAGAGCAGGAGCGGGGAGCGGCCCUGGGGGGAGCAGCAGCAGCAACAACAACAGCGGCUCCUUCCUGGGCUCCCUAUUCGGCAGCAAGCGUGCCAAACCACCAGGGCCCCUUAUUCCACCGGGGCCACCCUACCCCGCACCUGUACCCCCACCGACUACGGGAGGUCCCCCUCCUCACUCCCCUUCAUCGCUUUGCCAGUUGGACGGGGGGCCUUCCAAGAUCCAGGCGCUGCACGCACAGUACUGUCACAUGGGCUCCGUGCAGCCUCCACCACCUUACUACCAUCACCAUCGCUACCACGUCCAAACUGUCCCUCCUCCUUUGCAAGGGGUGCCCCCUCAUACCAUACAGCGAGGCCCACUACCCUGUCGUCCACCGCUUGGUCCCCCACACGGCCAACACCCGCAGCUGGCCCAUCUCUCCCAGCUCUCCCAGCAUGGGCUUCCGGGUCGUUACGCCAACAUGGUGGUGGGAUGUCCCCCCCCCCUUUCUCCUCUCUCCCAACAUUCCCAGAACCCACAGUUCGCCCUGUACCAUGCGCAGCCCACACACCACCCAGGGCAGCCUCAGCAGGGGCCGCAGGUGACGGGGGCUGGAGCAACAGGUACAGGGGGCAGCUCGAAAUCCAAGCCUAUCAACCGGAUAAGUACCGUGGUGUGA